UAAUACGCUGUUGCAUAGACAUGGCGAUGAAUCCGAAAAAACGUCCCCUAGUACUUCUUCAGCGCCGGUUGUCCUCUCUGUGGUAUCUGAGGAAUCUGACGGUCCGGGGUUGUUAUGUACCGCUCUGGUAAAGGUAGCUUACAAUGGGAAAUCAUAUACAGCACGUGCGUUUCUGGAUCCCGGAAGUCAAUCUUCAUUUAUUACAAAGGCGUUUAAAAAAGGUUAGGCAUAGCUACAAAUACCGAGUCCAUAAAUAUUACUGGAAUAAAUAAAAAUGUUACUCAUAUUUCAGAAGCAUGCAGGCUUCAGGUAGGUUCUCGGGUUCGACCGUACGAUAUGAACGUUAGGUUUUUGGUGAUCCCGGAUAUUACAAGUGUUUUGCCUGAGUGUCCGAUAGACACAACUUCAUUUGAGAUACCAGGUGACAUAGAGCUUGCAGACCCGAGAUUUGAUUCUCCUUCUGAGGUAGACAUUUUGUUGGGAUUAAAAGUAUACUGGAAGCUGGUCAUACCUGAAAUUAGGGAGUUAGGUGAGAAUAAACCGGUGUUGCAAAAUACUCAGUUAGGAUGGCUAGUGGCAGGAUCGGUACCCAGUAAUAAUUCAACAAUGUCAACGUCCAACUUGGUUUGCAACUUUAGUCAGGAAAUUCGCGAUUCACUUGAAAGAUUUUGGUUAAUUGACGAUUUACCUUCUGAAAAAACUUACUCUCCAGAGGAGCAGCUCUGUGAGCAGCAUUUCGUAGAAACUUUUUCUCGAUUGCCCAGUGGCAGGUUUUCUGUUCAAAUUCCUCUAAAGGAAAAGCCUGAGGAGUCAUUAGGGCAUAAUUUCAACACGGCAAAAAAGUGUUUAGAGAAUUUAGAGAAGAAAUUCGUUAGGUAUCCUAACCUAAAGCAAAAAUAUAAGGAGUUUUUGCAAGAGUAUAGCAACUUAGGACAUUUAACGCAAAUUGAGCGUCCCAAAUUUGGCAUAUAUCUGCCGCAUCAUGCUGUAAUUCGUGAAAAUCGCGAAACUACCAAAUUAAGAGUCGUGUUCAAUGGAUCUUGCAAAACGUCAUCUGGAAAGUCACUGAAUGACAUUCAGCGGGUAGGACCUGUCGUACAGAGUGAUUUGAUGUCUCUGCUAUUGCGUUUUAGACAGCACAAGUUUGUUCUAGUAGCCGAUAUAGAGAAAAUGUAUCGUCAAAUUGAAGUAGAUCCAUCUCAGCGUUAUUUGCAGCUGAUUUUAUGGCGGGAUAAUGAAAAUGUACCCAUACAAGUUUUUCAACUUAACACAGUAACAUAUGGGACUUCUUCAGCCCCAUUUUUAAGUACGCGUUGUCUUGUACAGUUGGCAAAAGAGUGCCCAGACGUGAUUGUAUCAAAUGUGAUAAAAAAUGACUUCUAUGUAGACGAUCUAAAUACAGGGGCCGAUUCUGUAGAAGAAUUGAAGCAUAUUACUCACGGUGUAGUAACAGCUUUAGAUUCUGCCUGUUUGCCGUUGCGAAAAUUCCGUACGAAUUGCGUGGAUUUAUUCGAAGGCAACGAAAACACGACAUCGCCUCUUGAUUUAUCUAAAGAGUCUAGUGUUCUGGGUCUUAACUAUUCGCCAGUGUCAGACACAUUGCAAUUUUCAAGGGACCAAGAGCCUGCACGGGAAUGCACAAAAAGGUCAGUCAUUUCCACUACAAGCAAGGUCUUUGAUCCGCUGGGACUAGUGUGUCCAUGCAUUGUAACUGCUAAGAUUCUGCUUCAGCGCCUAUGGAGUGUCAAACUUGAUUGGGAUCAGCCUGUUCCUGACGAGUUUGCAAAGAGUUGGUCUAAGCUGGUGAAAGAUUUUGCACUUCUGUCACAAAUAACGGUACCUAGGCGUGUGUUAGGUGAUGAUUAUAAAUAUAUCGAAUUGCAUUGCUGUGUUGAUGCUUCUCAAAACGCGUACGCCGCUUGUGUCUAUUUGCGUUCAGUGGCUCAUAAUAAUGAAGUCACCGUUAAUUUAUUAUGUGCAAAAACCCGUUUAGCCCCAAUAAAACCGAUCACAAUUCCUCGGCUGGAGUUAUGUGGAAUGCUCUUAGGAGCGAGGCUGUGUGAUAAGGUUUGUAAGUCACUACGUUGUGACAUACAACAUAAAACCAUUUGGACCGAUAGUACUGUCGUGUUAGGAUGGCUUAAAGCUCAGCCUCAAGAUUUAAAGGCUUUCGUGUGUAACCGCGUAAAUGAAAUACACGAGUUAACGCAGGGUUAUACUUUUAAUCAUAUACCUACUGACAAGAACUCUGCAGAUAUCGCGUCUAGAGGUACGGACCCCAAAUCCUUACUUUCUUCUUCACUUUGGUGGACCGGGCCACCAUUUCUCAAGUCUGAGCCUUGUGACUGGCCUAUUCAAAAUCAUGCACAAAUACCUACUGUUGAUUUGCCUGAAACAAAACCUUUAAAAAUAAUGUGCCACGCAGUAGUCACAGAUGAUAAUGUCGUGCAGUUUGACAAGUUUUCUGACUUUAGCAGAAUGAAGCGAGUUUUCGCCUAUGUCUUACGCUUCAUUAAUAAUUGUAAGAGAAACAAUCCCAAGUUAUCGGGACAACUAGAUGUUACUGAGUUAGAUCAUUCGUUGCAAUGUCUUGUAAAGGCCUGUCAGUCUGAAUGCUUUGAUGCUGACAUUAAAGAUAUUUCACAAAAUAAGCCUAUUAGUCGUAGGUCAAAAUUAUUGUCAUUAAACCCGUUCAUUGACUCUGAUGGAGUCCUUCGAGUAGGAGGUCGUCUUCAAAACUCAGAAUUCGAAUACAAUAAAAAACAUCCUAUGAUAUUAAAUGCUAAACAUCAGCUGGCUAAACUUAUAAUGAGGCACGAGCACUUGCGUUUGUUUCAUGGCGGUCCACAACUUCUUUUAGCUUCAGUCAGGGAGUUAUUUUGGCCUGUAGGAGGCAGGAACUUGGCACGUAGUGUAGUGCAAAAGUGCGUAGUCUGCAUUCGGUUUAGAGGGAAGUCGGUGCAGCCAAUCAUGGGUAAUGUGCCCCAUGAACGGGUAAGCUCCCCAUACCCUUUUUAUACAUGUGGUGUCGAUAUGGCAGGUCCGUUUAUGAUUGCUAGCAAGAAAGGUAGAGGAAGUCGCACUUCCAAAUGUUACUUAUGUAUAUUUGUGUGCCUAGCGUCCAAAGCGGUGCACCUUGAACUGGUAAGCGACCUUAGUACAGAAGCGUUCAUUCUGGCCCUGCGACGAUUUGUAUCUCGCAGAGGCAAACCAUCUGCUAUCUUUUGUGACAAUGGGUCAAAUUUUAAAGGUGCUAACAAUGAACUAAGCAAGUUAGUUAAGUCCAGUCGCCAGUCAGUAACUAACUUUGCAAAUGAGGAAGGGAUUAGGUUCAUGUUUAGUCCUGCUUAUUCCCCAAAUUUCGGUGGGAUUUGGGAGGCUGGAGUUAAAUCAGCCAAGCAUCACCUUAAACGUAUUGCUGGUAGGGCUUCCCUGACAUUUGAGGAGCUAGGAUCGUUGUUCUCACAGAUUGAAGCAAUUUUAAAUUCACGACCUUUAACCCCACUCUCGUCGGAUCCUACUGACCCAUCCCCUCUCACUCCUGGGCACUUUCUAAUCGGACGGCCUCUCACUUCGGUGCCGUCCCGAGCCAUCACUACUAAGUACCCCAACAGAUAUGAACGCAUCGAGCAACUGAGGCAGCACUUUUGGGACCGAUGGCGGCGAGAGUACGUGGCAGAGCUUCAGCAACGCACAAAAUGGAAGACCAAGCAGCAGGAGCUUCGAGUCGGGGACCUCGUCAUACUAAAAGAAGAUCAGCUACCUCCACUUCAAUGGCGACUGGCGCGGAUAAGUCGUCUGUAUCCUGGCGUAGACGGAGUCAACCGCGUCGCUGAUGUCAUCACAAAACGUGGCACAAUAAGAAGAGCCAUCAACAAAAUGUGUGUUAUCCCAACUGCAGACGUUGUCGAAGGGAAGAAUGGUUUACCUACCCAUUAAAGGCAACAAACUCUGACAUCUGUAGACGGGACUUCGUCACACUACAAAAAACGAAUUAGCGAAGAUACAUUUCAGAGCUACUCAAUAUGCAUUUUUUCAUCGUCAAGCUCAAGUAGCAUACUUGCACAUGUUACCCUCUAUGCAUGGGAUUGCAGGUUGUCGAAGGGUUGACUAGAUCGCCAUUCUAGACCCGCGAAAGGCAACAUAAAGAAUGUCUGCAACUCCAUGUAUCAAGCUGAAACCAUUGUAGGUUGUCGAAGGGUUGACUAGAUCGCCAUUCUAGACCCGCGAAAGGCAACAUAAAGAAUGUCUGCACCUCCAUGUAUGAAGCUGAAACCAUUGCAGGUUGUCGAAGGGUUGACUAGAUUUCGGUCUAGACCUGCUAAAGGCAACGUAAAGAAUGGCAAUGUUUAGUUGAAAGCUAGGCUUUCAACGCCGGGAGUAUGUUCAAGUCUGUGCAUACGCACGGGGCGAGGAGCGCGGGGCGCAGCGACACCGGGCAGUUCACGGCCGCGGGAGCCCGCGGCCGAUCAGUCAGCGAGUCACCUCGGAAGCGCGCACACGCCGCUCGGGGCAAUAUCUUGUACAUUUUCAUAUUAUCGUGUUUAACCUCAAACGUAAUAAAUCCUUAUUG